CUCGUGGCGGUUUUGCAGGACCAAAGGAAGCAGACUCUCCGCCAUGUCCGCUCCUGCCAUGUCCGCUCCUCUCACGCCACCCACGUGCGCCAAGCCCUCGCGGGGCUACAUCACCGAACGCAAGGUCCAGGCCCGCGGCGCAGCCGCAGCCCGUGGCGGCGCAGCCGCAGCCCGUGGCGCCACGGCGAAGAAGCCCGUCACGAGGUACGACGCUCCCUACACGACCGAGGACGGCAAGCCGCUCGGCCACUACGACGACUCGAUCGGUAAGUGGGUCGGCGAGCCGUUGUGGCAGCGCAUCACCUGCCCGGCCCUCGCGGCGCUGGUCAAGAAUGGCGACCUCGUACCCGACCCGCAGACCGGUCACAUCACCCAGGCGCAGUGCCGCUGCGCCUUCGCAAAGAUUGGCGUCAAGGAUGUCGGCGCUGCUGCGACCGCCACCAACUUCAACUUCCUGGGUUGGAACGAGCCUGCCAACUGGAAGCACGCCGGAUUCCCCGGCUCGUGGGGCGAGGAGUGGCAGGGCAACAAGUGGAAGGGGCCCCGCAAGAGCGCGGCGGAGGACAGAGCGUGCGGCAUGGUGCCCAACGGGCAGCCAGUCUGCGGGACCAAGGACGGCAAGGAGUACACGCAGGAUGAGGUCGACGCUUUCAACGACGAGCUCCACAUCAACGUCUACUUCAUGAAUGUGACCAACAAGCAGUGGUACACCAACAGCACGUGCCUCAAGACCGCGCUCAACUGCUGCACGCUCGAGCCGCAAGGCAUCGUCAACCCGAACCCGUACAACAACAUGGAGCACUCCAAGUCGACCGGCAUCCGCGACUUCCGCCUCAAGACCGGCGGCUUCGCGGGCUUCUGGAACUGCGUGCUCAGCGCCAUCCCGUUCAAGGAGCAGUUCUGCGGCGAGAACACCUGCCAGAUCACAAGGGACAUCACGCCGUCCAAGCAGCAGAUGAACGAGUUCCUCAACUUCGCAUUCCAGAGUCAAGAGAACGGGGACGCGAAGAAGGCGCCCGCUUACAACGCGCCCUGCACCUCGAGGCUCGGCUUCUUCUUCAACCGCUGCGGCGCAAACUGCCUGAACGGCAAGCCGCCUGCUGACGCCGUCCUGCACCACACCUGGAACCCCAACUUUCUGCAGCGGGAGACGCCCGAGGUCGAUAACGCCGUGCACUGGUUCAACAUCGACAACCUGCAGACGCUGCAGUCGUGCUACGCCGAGAUCACGAACGACCGCUUCCCGGGCCCGAAACAGAUCGAGUACCUCAAGGGCGGCGAGAAGGACAACCAAAUCGUGCCCGGGCAGUUUGCGAAGCGGCCGGCAGAUGACGGCAACCUCGAGGCGGCCGUGAAGGCGCUCUUCGUGGAGUUCGGCUACCCGGCGAACCAGACGGAGUCGAUCCACUCCGCGCCGCCAAAGAACGCGGACGAGGCGCGGGCCCGCUCGUGGACGAUGCCCGUCGAGGAGUGGCGCGCCCUGUGGAUCGAUUCCGAGUACCCGAAGGCUGUGCAGGACCGCAAGCAGAAGGCGAAGGCUGGCGAGUGCCCGUUCCGCGCAAAGCCGGCCGCGUCCUUUGUGCCUGUCCCCGACCAGCCGUGGCUGAAGCGGAGCACUGAGGACCCAGACGUGUACCUCCGCCACGGCGAGAAGUUCCCCGUGCGCCUGCCCUCGACGGCGCCGGCGGCUUGAACCGCCUCAAACACCCUCUCGGCGCCGUGGGCGGGGGCUGAGGACCGAGGCCCUCGAAGGUGAUGAUUGAUAUGUCUAGUGCGUACGUGGCUGUGUUUGUGGAGUUGGUUGGGUUGUCGUGUGGUCCGCCGGUCGCACGGUCUCCUCUCCGUAACGCGUAAGAAGCCUUUCAGAGUCAAGCGAUCCGCUGUCCACUCGGCGGGGCCGCAGCUGCCUCUGGAAGGCACCGAAUCAAUUGUG